AACUAGAAACAAAAGCGAUAGGUUCUCUGUCAGGUUUCCUGAUGGUCUGUGAGUUUUUACUGGAAGGAUGUCCUCCGCUCAUUUUCAGACAGACUUAAUCAAAGAGGGGUUAACGCCUGACUUGGAAAUCAUUGUAAAGUCCGAGGAGGAGGUCGAUGGAUGGCGCAGGCUCCUGGGUUCUAACCGGACGCCCCAGAUCGUCUUACACCGGAUAGAUUGCCCUCAGCAUUACGUCUGUAAAGAGGAGAAGAUUCCUGUUGAACAGCUGCUGUAUCGCCAGAAGAGUGAUGCAAGUUCGGAUCUCGAGGAAGCAGAAUUUCCUAUAAUAAAAGAAGAGCAGGAUGAAUUAGAUCAUCUACAGAUAAAAGAAGAACAUGAGGACCCGGUGAUUCUACAGAUAAAACAGGAAAAAAUUAACCUCUGCAUCAGCCAAAAUAAGGAACAAGAAACUGUAAAGGAAGAAGCCAAUGGCUUUAGGGUCUCUCCUUCUUUUGAGGGUAAUGACUACAAUGAACCGACACCAAAUAGAGGCAAGCUCAUUUCACAGGACUUGCUUAAAACUGAGAAGAAAAAUCAGGAAAGAAAACAUCAAGAAAACACUGUUUUAAAAAUGUUUGAAGAGCCAAAAAAUAAGAGAAGCCAGAAAACCAAAGGGUAUGAUAAGAGGCGGUUUACUUGUGAGAUAUGUAAUAACAAAUUUACCCAAAAUUGCCACUUGACUGUUCAUAUGAGAACUCACACAGGUGAGAGGCCGUACUCAUGUGAGCUUUGUAAUAAAGGAUUCAUCCAAAUAUGUUCUUUAAAGGAGCACAUGAGAACGCACACAGGAGAGAAGCCUUUCUCAUGUAUGAUCUGUGAAAAAAAGUUCAGCCGGCAAGGUCAGCUGAAAUACCACAUCAAACUUCACACUGGCGAGAAGCCUUACUCGUGUGAUAUUUGUGGGAAGGCUUUCGUUGAACAGAGUAAAGUCAAGCUACACAUGCUAAAUCACACGGGUGAGAAGCCUUUCUCGUGUGUGACAUGUGGAAAAAGUUUCACUUUGGAAAGAGCAUUGAAAAGCCACAUGAAAAUUCACACGGCGGAGAAGCUUUAUUCAUGUCCAACCUGUGGAAAAGAAUAUAGGCGUCAAAACCGACUGACUUUACACAUGAGAAUUCACACAGGAGAGAACCUCUUUGCUUGCAUGACAUGUGGAAAAAAAUUCACUAUUAAAAGAGUGUUGGAUAAUCAUAUGUUGACUCACACAGGUGAAAGGCCCUUCUCGUGUAAGAUUUGUGGGAAAUGUUUUAGUCAGAAACAUCAUGCGGUUACUCACCUUAGAACCCACACAAGUGAAAAGCCUUUUUCAUGUCAGAACUGUAAAAAAGCCUUCAAAUCAAAAAGCAGUUUGAAUUUACACAUGAAGAUUCACACAGGUGUGAAGCCUUUUCUCUGUACGACCUGUGGAAAAAGCUUCAGUCAAAAGAGUUAUUUGGCGAAUCACAACAGAAUUCAUACUGGCGAAAGGCCUUUCUCGUGUAAGACUUGCGGAAGGGGUUUUAUUCAAAGACACACAUAUAUGCUUCAUAUGCGAACUCACACAGGUGAGAAACCUUAUUUGUGUAAGACAUGUGGAAAAAGAUACAAUCAGAAAAGCCAUUUAACUGAUCACAUUAGAACCCACACAGGGGAGAAGCCUUUCUUGUGUAAGACCUGUGGAAAAGGUUUUACGAUAAAACUACUCUUGAUUAACCACAUCAGAACUCACACAGAUGAGAGGCCUUUUUCGUGUAUAACCUGUGGGAAAAGUUUCCAUGUGAAGCCUCAUUUAAUUUCUCACAUGAAAGCACAUACAGACGAGAAACCUUAUCAGUGUAAAAUGUGUAAAAAAGCUUUCAGGCUAAAAAGCAGCCUGAAUUUUCACAUGAGACUACACACAGGAGUAGGCCUUUUUUCAUGUAAAACCUGUAAGAAAACCUUCCAUUUUAAAAGUAAUUAUAUGAGACACAUUAAAAUGCAUGAUUCACAAGCUUGAGAUUAAACAGCAGUAUGAGGUUUGUGAACUUGAUUUCACUAAGGCCCCGUCCACACGAAGUCAAAACGAACACGAAACGCUAAUAUUUUCCAGAACGUUUGUCGUAAAGACGGAGACGUAAAAUAAAUGUGAUCGUCCACACGAAUGCAUGAAAACGCUGCAAAAUGUAUGCAAGGCCUGUAAGAGGCGCUGUCGUGCCAAAG